GUUACCUAGCUUUUUAAAUUUUAUGAGCGUUGUUUUGAUCUUGUUGGUGUUGGUGACCAAAUUUGAGAAAUAAUUUGUAUUUUGUGGAAUUAAUGCAUACUUGAAUUAAUAAAAAGUUGUGUUAUAUUAAAUUAUUUCAAUCAUGAGUGUUAUCGAAGAUACUUGGGAAGGAUUAAUUAAUUUCAACGAUUUAGAAAACAAAGCUUUUAUAAACUUUGAAAAAAGUUUAACAACAUUAUCAGAACAAGUAACAAACAUUUUAGACGAAUAUUUAGACAAGCAUAAACCAAAUAUUCUGGAAAAUAAACCCUGUAGUUCAGAUGAAUACUUACAGCAUCUCAUUGAAAGAAACAUUAAUUUAAAACAAGAAAUUGACGUGAAGUUAAUGGAUUUGACUCAAAAACAAAGUCACUAUGAGAAUUACAAAGAAGAGCAAAAACUGUUAACCAAAGAAAUUAAAGAAACUCAUGAAGCGUUUUUGAUGGCAAAAAAGUAUUAUAAGAAGUUUUUGAAACUGUAUUACACAAUUGAAUCCAAAGAUAUGGAAAAGCAAGUUAUUUUCAUCCAAUUUUUUACUGAAUCAAAAAAAGAUGUUGAAAAUUACUCGAUUAGACUACUAAGAGAACCAAAAAUAGGAAAAUACCAAUUACAAGCAAUGACACCAAAACUAAGGAUAUUCAAGGAUAUACAAUUGAUACUAGACGAGAAAAAUGAUGUGCCUGGCAUUUUGUGUUGCAUAAGAGAUGAAUUUAAAUCUAUAAGAGAAAGCAAAAAACUAAAAAGAAUAAAUUAGAGACAGUAAUUGUUUCUCAGUUCAAGUAACUA